AUGCCCGGCAAAUCUAUCCUACAGGAUCUAGAGAAAGAGGUCGCUGAUCUCGAGUAUCGUUUACACAAUGCGAGAACCCGUCUAGCCCUGGCCUCGGAACCUCUGGAGAGUGGCGAAUCCUCCUCCUAUCUGCCUCUUCCUGCCGAUGUGGUACCGUUAGUACCCACCCACGCGCUGCUGUUGCUGUCCGAUUCCGCCCUUCCGUUAGGUUCGUUCGCAUACUCAAGCGGCCUGGAAUCUUACCUGGCGCACAACAAACCUCUCCCCCGCUCGGUCACGCCUCUUGCUUCCUUUCAUCGUUUUCUCAAGCUGUCGAUAACUUCGAUUGCAAGCACCUCUAUCCCGUACGUUCUUGCUGCGUUCCGGAACCCGGGCGAUCUAGAGACCCUGGACAACGAUCUGGAUGCGUCGACGCCGUGCGUCGUGGCGCAGAGGGCGAGUAUCUCCCAAGGGAGAGCGCUGAUUAGCGUGUGGGAGCGAGCGUUCCGGGGCACUUAUGCUUCAGGCCCCUUCUUAGCCGGCAUCGCUGCUGCCCAAGCGGUAAAAGCCAUCGAGUCUUUCGGAGACUCUCUCAAAUCCUCCCUGGGGGAUGCGAAUGAUCUGGGCCCCAAGGGCCAUUUCGCACCCCUGUGGGGGGUUGUCUGCCUGGCCAUGGGCAUGGACGCCUACCAGACCGCGUAUGUUUUCCUUUUAAACCAUGCGAAGGCCGUUCUCAGCGCCGCGGUCCGCGCGUCUGUUUUGGGCCCCUACCAGGCACAGAGCGUUCUGGCCGGUCAACACCUCCAAGACAUGAUCACGGAGCGCUUAGACCGAGAAUGGGAGACGCCCGUAGAGGAUGCAGGGCAGGCGGUACCUUCGUUAGAUCUUUGGAUGGGCAGGCAUGAACUUCUUUAUAGCAGGAUAUUUAAUUCAUAA